CCAUCCACAGUUAUUUCAGGAAAUUCUUCUAGUAACAAUGUUUCAUCUUCAGCAACUAGUGGCCUAACAGGAUGGGCAGCUUUUGCAGCCAAAACUUCCUCUGCUGGUCCAUCAACAGCAAAAUUGAGUUCCACAACACAAAACAAUAGUGGGAAACCUACUACCUCAUCAGCUAACCAGAAGCCUGUGGGUUUGACUGGUCUAGCAACAUCAUCUAAAGGUGGAAUAGGUUCUAAACUAGGUUCUGGUAAUAGCACUACACCUACUGUACCAUUGAAACCACCUCCACCUCUAACCUUGGGCAAAACUAGCCUUAGUCGCUCAGUUAGUUGUGACAAUGUCAGCAAAGUAGGUCUUCCUAGUCCUAGUAGUUUAGUUCCAGGAAGCAGCAGCCAACUAACUGGGAAUGGAAAUAGUGGGACAUCAGGGCCCAGUGGAAGUGCCACUAGCAAAACCACUUCAGAAUCCAACAGCAAUCCCUCAGCUUCCCUUAAAGGUCCAACUUCACAAGAAUCACAGCUCAACGCUAUGAAGCGAUUACAGAUGGUCAAGAAGAAAGCUGCUCAAAAGAAACUCAAAAAGUAA